AUGACGACAGGUCGCACCAUGUAUGUCAUUCCAUUCAGCAUGGGACCGAUUGGUUCUCCUUUAUCCAAGUUUGCGAUUGAGCUGACUGAUUCUCCUUAUGUGGUGGCCAGUAUGAAAAUUAUGACUCGUAUGGGAACAUCUGUCCUAGAGGCUCUGGGUGAUGGAGAAUUUGUAAAAUGCCUCCAUUCGGUUGGGUGCCCUUUACCAUUAAAAAAGCCUCUAGUGAAUAACUGGCCAUGCAACCCAGAUAUGACGUUGAUUGCUCACAUCCCUGAUCACAGGGAGAUCAUUUCAUUUGGAAGUGGCUACGGUGGAAACUCCCUUCUAGGAAAGAAAUGCUUUGCUCUCAGGAUUGCCAGCAGGAUUGCCAAGGAAGAAGGCUGGCUUGCAGAGCACAUGCUGAUUUUAGGAAUCACAAAUCCAAAAGGUGAAAAAAAAUACUUUGCAGCAGCUUUUCCUAGCGCGUGUGGAAAAACCAACCUGGCUAUGAUGAAUCCAUCUUUGCCAGGGUGGAAAGUGGAAUGUAUUGGAGACGAUAUUGCUUGGAUGAAAUUCGAUGACAAAGGUAAUUUAAGAGCCAUCAAUCCAGAGAAUGGCUUUUUUGGAGUUGCUCCUGGAACCUCUAUGAAAACCAACCCCAAUGCUAUGAAGACAAUAAAAAAGAAUACUAUCUUCACCAAUGUAGGAGAAACUAGUGAUGGAGGCAUAUAUUGGGAAGGUAUUGAUCGGGAGCUUCCAUCAGGAGUCACACUCUUAUCCUGGAAAAAGAAAAAAUGGACUGCCGAGAAUGAGGAGCCUUGCGCUCAUCCCAAUUCCCGAUUCUGCUGUCCUGCUAGCCAGUGUCCUAUCAUUGAUCCUGCCUGGGAAAAUCCAGAAGGAGUCCCAAUUGAAGGCAUCAUAUUUGGAGGACGGAGACCUGAAGGUGUGCCUCUAGUUUAUGAGGCUCUUAACUGGCAGCACGGAGUAUUCAUUGGUGCAACAAUGAGAUCGGAAGCAACAGCUGCUGCUGAAUAUAAAGGAAAGAUCAUCAUGCAUGAUCCUUUUGCCAUGAGACCUUUCUUCGGGUACAACUUUGGCCAAUAUCUUUCCCACUGGCUCAGCAUGGCACAUCGGCCUACAGUAAAACUUCCAAAGAUCUUCCAUGUCAACUGGUUCCGGAAAGAUGAGCAGGGAAGAUUCCUUUGGCCUGGCUUCGGUGAGAACGCUCGGGUGCUGGAAUGGAUGUUUAACCGCAUCCAGGGAGAAGACUGCGCACAGCUGACAGCCAUUGGCUAUGUCCCCAACGACACAGGAUUGAACUUGAAAGGCUUGGAAAAGGUCAGCCUCCAGAAACUGUGUGACAUUUCCAAGGAGUUUUGGGAAAAGGAGGUGGAAGAAAUCAAGAAAUAUUUUGCAGAGCAAGUGAAUGCCGACCUCCCGUAUGAGAUGGAAAGAGAAGUUAUUGCGCUAGAGCAGCGAAUUAAACAACUGUAA